AUGUCCGAUAAAACCAAUAACGAACGCAUAUUGUCCGACAAGGCUGUCACUGACAAGGAAAAAGUAAACUUCACUGAGGGAGAGGUGGAAGAAUACAAGUUCUAUCCAGACAACCCAAAGAACCAUCGUCACAAGUAUAGAUGGGCCAACAAGGAAGCUUCAAGGUACUAUGACCCAUGUGAGGAGAGUAGACAGGCAUCCAUCAACUGCGUGUUGCGUAACCAGAAGGACAAGUCUGUGUGUCAGGAGUUUUUUGAUGCAUACCGUGAAUGCAGCAAGGACUUUUUUGCUAAGAAAAGACAAGACCGUAGAGAGGGCAAAAAGGGAUGGGGAAUCUGGUGA